AUGAAUACUGUUUAAUUAAAUUAGUCAUAUAGGUAAGUUUCACCUCAAGCGAUAGAAGCCCUAAAAUCCCUCGAGUAAUUAUACAAAAUCUCAAAUGCAAAAAUAGUUAAAAGAAUUAAUACAAUAUCUCCAAUAAAACUUUUCUAAAAUGAUAGAUAACUUACUGUUUUUGAUAAUAACCCAAAAACAAGAUUACCUAAGUAACAAUUUAAUUAAACACUCAAUCAAACUGAUAGAGUAUAACCUCAACAUAAUCGAAAUAUUUCAUCUGAAAUUCAGAAUUUUAGAUAAUAAAUUCAAGAUAAUAUUUUACUCUAAACUGUCAUAUCAAAAUAUGAGUCCUCUCCAAAAAUGAAUACUCCUGUCAAAACAUCUGGAACAUAGACUCCUACUAUGUUUAUUCGUAAUUCAUGUGAUAAUAUCAAAUCACCAAAUUAGUAAGAUUCUCGAGAAAACAAGUCGUCAUAAUUAAAUCUGAUACAAAAGAAAAAACUCAUUCUAAAUCAAAUUUUAUAACUUGAUAAUGAAAUCAAAUUAAUGCAGGAUGAAGAAGUAAAAAGACAAUUAGAUCCUUUGCAGGAAAAAAGAUUAAAUUAAAAAUCAAUAACUCCUAUUUCAAUUAAAGAAUCUUUAGAAAAACAUGUAAGUAAUAGUACUUUUAUGUAAAAAUUAAAUGAAUGGAUGAAGAAAAAGAGAACUACUCAUAUAGAUGAAAAUUAAUAAUAAGAACAAACUAGUUUUACAUAGAAUUCUGUUUUAAGGGAUGUAUGAUAAUACAUUAUUCUUAGUGUACUUUUAAUGGAAAUUUGACAUUUAAAGAGAGUAACUAUGAAUCAUUUUAUGAUCGUAAUUAGAAAUGUAAAAAGAAAAUGAAUAUCAAUAAACAAAAGAUAAAAAAUUAAAAAUCUAUGAUUUAAUUGAAAAAAGAAUCAAAAUCUCCAAAUUAAAAAGUUCCUAGACCAAAUUCAUCAGAAUUGAAAUGUUGGAUAAGAGGAAAAGAAUUAAAAAAGUCUCAAUCUCCUACAUAUAAUAGAAUAUAAUAAUAAUUAUCAAAAAAACUUCGUUUUUGA